AUGGUAGUCUCGGUGAGUUGCUUCACGGUAAGAAAGGAGGACACUUGCAUUGGGACACACGUUACAAGGUUACUCUUGAAGCUGCGAAACGACUCUGUUAUCUUCAUCUUGAUUGUUCACAGAGAUGUCAAAUCCUAUAACAUCCUCCUUGAUUCAAACUUUAAAGCUCAUGUUACUGACUUUGGUCUAGAUAUAUUCCUACAGGAUUCCGGUACUUCUGAAUGUAUGUCUACCAUUGCUCGAUCUUACGGCUACGUACAUAGCUCCAGGAUAUGCAUAUACGUAGAAGGUAGAUGA